UGUUCCUCAACAUGCGGCAAAGGUCUUCAGUCCCGUGUGGUUCAGUGCAUGCACAAAGUCACUGGUCGCCACGGCAACGAGUGUCCCACCUUCUCCAAACUUGCAGCCUACCGGCAGUGUCACCAACAGGCCUGCAAUGAGAAGAUCAAUGUCAACACGAUUACCUCUCCAAGACUCGCCGCUCUGACCUACAAGUGCACAGGAGACCAGUGGGCAGUUUAUUGCCGAGUCAUCCGGGAGAAGAACCUUUGCCAGGACAUGAGAUGGUACCAGCGCUGCUGUCAAACCUGCAGAGACUUCUAUGCAAGCAAGAUGCAGCAGAAGAGUUAAUGAAAUCUGCCCAGGCUCCUUAGGGAAUUAUAGCUCAUUUGUACUUCUUCCUACGAAUAUAUCAUUAACUUAUGGAACUCGUUGCCACGAGAUGUGGCGAUGCCUAUUUCAGCUUAGAUUAGAUAAAUUUAUAGGGGAAUUGGGUUUAUUGAUGGCUAAUGGCCAUGACAACUAAUUAUAGAGUCUCUCUGGAGAGAGGUCAUCUACUUUUGAAAUGCAAGUGCUAAUGAUAUCACAUUGGAUUGGAAAACCAUAAUCACCUUUUCACAUGGCUGAACGUUUAAGAAGAAGCUUGACAGAGAUGGACUUUGGUUUGAUUCAGCAAGGUCAACCGCAUCCAAAAAUGGCAAACCCAAAUAUCUGUUUUAUUCCAAACACAAGUUACUCACCACCAAUGAAUCCCAGGGCCUGCCUAGAAAGACUUGAAGCUCCCUUUGCAGACUGGAUGGAUGAAUGCGUGACCACCACAAUAGCAAUGGCACUUAGACUUAUAUACUGCU